CGUAUAGGGGGCAGUAGGAAUACGUUCCAGUCCGGGGUCUUCAUCGCAAAUGGUGUCCCCUUAAAACGCCAGCUGAACAAGGCUACAGGCAUGAAAAUCGGGGGAAAUGCACUGGUUCUCGCUGUUCCUGUUUUAAAUAACAACGACAAAAUCGAAGGGACUAAAUUUCCAUAAAGCAACUCGAUAAAAUAACCACGGAGACGGGUAAGAACGCCAUUAGCUCGUCGCUAGGUGCAUGUAGCAGCUAGGUGCUAGCUGGUAUGAUAGGCUGCCUCCGCCGCUCGUAGGGUCCUGCCACUAUCUUGCAGCACCCUCAGAGCACACCGCGGCCUGCGCUGGGAAUGAAAAGCUGCCUUUGUAUUAAACGGCGGAACACUGCCUCGCGAAACUGUUGUAAAAUGCCUGAAGUUCGGGAACUCUCUGAUGCCUUGCCAGAGAUGCCCAUGGACCCCAUCACUGGGGUGGGUGUAGUGGCAUCCCGGAACAGGGCUCCCACCGGCUAUGAUGUGGUUUCCACUACGACAGAUGGGCUGGAUGCAGACCUUUGGAAAGAUGGUCUGUUUAAGUCCAAGGUGACGCGCUACCUUUGCUUCACCAGAGUUUUCUCCAAAGAAAAUAGCCAUCUGGGUAACGUGCUCGUGGACAUGAAGCUGAUUGACAUCAAAGACACUCUACCCGUCGGCUUCAUCCCUAUCCAGGAAACGGUAGACACGCAGGAGCAGGCCUUCCGGAAGAGGCGACUCUGCAUCAAGUUCAUCCCCCGGGACUCGACAGAGGCAGCCAUCUGUGAUAUUCGUAUCCUGGGGCGAUCCAGGCAGGCCCCUCCACAGUACACCUUCAUAGGAGAAUUGAACAACAUGGGAAUCUGGUACCGCAUGGGGAACGUCCCUCGGACCCUCGACUCUUCCCAGACCCCGCUGGCCAACAACAGCCAGAACACCACCAACACCACCACAGCCUCCACCCCCACCCCUGCUGCUCCAAUGCUCAAGCAUAUAUCCAUGACACUCCCAGCCAGCUUCCGAGGGAAAAACACCACACGGCCCGACUAUGAGCACCAGAACUCUAACCUUUAUGCCAUCUCUGCAAUGGAUGGCGUUCCUUUCGUGAUCUCUGAGAAGUUUGCCUGCACCUCAUCAGAUCUGCAGCAGGUAGAUCUGAUGGGCAUUACAAUCAAAUCUCUGGCUGAGAUUGAGAAAGAAUACGACUACAGCUUCCGCACGGAGCAUAGUGCGGCUGCUCGUCUCCCACCCAGCCCCACUCGGACCCCACUGAGCUCUGAGGCCUGAAGACCCCCCCCCCCCCCACACACACGCACACACACAACAAUAUCACCCUCGGACCCCUGUCCAGAGCUACUGACUUGAACGCGCGCACGCACACACACACACACACACACACACACACACACACACACACACACACACACACACACACACACACACACACACACACACACACACACACACACACACACACACACACACACACGUGUGUGUGUGUGUACAUCUUGCAAACACCUGCACACAAAACAUCAGCGUGAACUUGGCUCCUGACUAGGCGUGGUGGAGGGGGUCGACGCUGUACAGUGGAAGAACAACAUGGAGACUAGAGUUGCUAUCGUGAGAAGAGGAGAAGCAGCCGUUACAUCUUUGUGUGUUAAUUUGUAUGUCUUGAGAUGUGAUAUCGUAGGUCCCACUGCCACUAUCCGCACCAUUGAGAACUUGACUUUGGGCUUCUUAACGGACGGGCUCAUGUGUUUGGCUGCUCCAGGAACUGUCCAGGACUUUUAAAAUGUCAUUUUCUUUGUUUUGUUUUUAUUUGUUAUGGUUUUAUGUCUGACUUUGAAGGAACGCCUUCUUGCCUUCGGCCCUUCAACAAGGUGGAAUGUUGUGAACGAUGCUCUUUUAUUUUUAUUUUUUUCUCAACUCACAACGUUCCUACUGGUUUGUCCGCAGUCUACUCCCAGUACUCCCAAGACCCCAGUGGACAGGUCCUGUCUUUGUGGGUGAAAAACAAACAGAACAAUCUUGUCGUUUUAUUUUUGUUUUUUAACUGUGUGUGUGUGUGUGUGUGUGUGUGUGUGUGUGUGUGUGUGUGUGUGUGUGUGUGUGUGUGUGUGUGUGUGUGUGUGUGUGUGUGUGUGUGUGUGUGUGUGUGUGUGUGUGUGUGUGUGUGUGUGUCACACCUGUCACCUGUGAAUAUCCUGUCCCUCUAUGUGGUUUAAGAUGGCUCUUUGGAUCAGAGACCAGAACCACAAGUACUGUAAAAGUUAGCCUUUCAUGUUCUGAUUGUUGGACUACAAAUACCACUAUCUCUCCUCAAGUAUAUACUAAUGUUAUUUCUGGCAUUUUAACUGGUCUCACUGCACUUUGUGCUUAGCUAAAUGUAUUAUUUUUUACUCAAAUGCUGUUACAUAGUAUUUAAGAAGUCUUGUAUUGUUUUGUUUUCAUAUUAGCAAAGUUUCUUUUUCAUCCUGAACUGCUCAAGAAGUUACUUAGUAUCACUUUUAAACUGAGCCUUACUUUCAACAAGUAAAACUCUCAUGUCUUUUAAGUAUUUGCUGUAAAUACCACAGUUGGCAUGAGUUGUGUCAUAAAGGUUUCAAAUGCUAAAAGGUUUUAGGGUUAACCUCAUAUUUUAGGAGAAAAUGCAGCUAACCAUUUCUUCUGAUCUAAUUAUUUUUUAAAGUUAUAAUCCACUGAUGUUCUGAUCUUCACAAAGCUUUUGAAUAGAUAGUUUAAUAUCUUUCGAUUAUUCUCCCACUUUCUUGCAGAUGUGUUAUUUUAGUAUGAAAGGAAUCGAAUCAAUCACCUCAAUCUUAUGCAGAAAGGGAUCACGAUCAAGGCUAACUACCAACUACAGCCACAUUGUCUCGUUAGGUUUUUUCAAACUUUUGUUUUUACAUUUUUUAACUGAAUUGUUUAACCACUUUCCUCAACUAUUUUCUCAGGCCUCUCAGUAUUGUGAACAUUUGGUCCCACAUAAGCAACCCAUGAUUGAACAAAAUAAACAGUGUAAUCAAACGUAUGUUUGUUUCUACUGUUUGACUGCGUAGCUAUCAAGUCAUUGAAGCACUUGAGUUACAAGCAAGAUGGUUUGGGAUCUCCUGCAUAUGUGUUUAGUUUCCAAACGUUGGUUGUCAAAUUCGGCAAGUCAUCGUGGUGAAAAGUUGUUCACUCAUGUUAAUACUGUGUAUCUGAAUUAACAACCAUUAACACAUCAGCUCCUCAUUAGUCUCUUAUUCUUGAAUGCGAUUCCAGAAUAUAUCCGUCCUUUUUAUAGAUCUGUGCUGUGUGUUUUUUGUUUUUUUCAAAGCAUACUGAUAAUGCAAUGAGUUUAUUAUAUUGAUUUCAUGUAAAAAGAACAUAACAUUGAAUAAAUGUAGCACUAAGUGUAAUUGCUU